AUGAUUUGUGGAGCUUUUACUUUGAUAUCAAUAGUGGGAUUAUGUAUUCCCAAUAUGAGUUCCUUAUAUAAUUAUAUUACAGAAUUGUUAGUGACAUUUUAAUUGUCAAGUAAAUUGCAUCCUAUUUAUGAUAACAGAUUAUACUUGAUUCCUACAGUUGUUGUAUUGAUUGCAUAUUUCAUAUUGUAGAAAUUUAAUUUGUAUAUAGAUCCAUCAUUGAAAUUGAUAUUGCCCCUUAUUUCAUUAUUGUAAACAUUGUUUUGAUUCUACUAUUUUCAGUCUAAUAAUAUUUAAUAAAGAGCUAUGUAACAAUUAUUUAAUUUUUUUAGUUUAUAUUGUUAGAAGAAGAUUAAGCAACAAAUUAGAUUAAUUUUAUAGAAGAGAAUAAUAAAAUUCAUGACAUCUUGGGUAUUUUAUUACCAAAGUUUAUUAGACAUAGAUUAAUUGAAAGUAAUGUUCAUUUAUAUUAUAUAUAUUAGCUGAUCAAUAUAAUAUACAUUAGAAUUAAGGAGAAGUAGCAAUAGUUUUUUGUGAUAUUUGUAAUUUUGAUUAAAUUAUAAUGGAAGAAUAGGAGAAUAUAAUACAAUUCUUAGAUGAUUUAUUUAGAACGUUCGAUAAAUAUUGUGAAAUUUGUGGAGUUUAAAAAAUAGAAACAGUUGGUAAAACUUAUAUGGCAUCAGCUGGUUUAAAAGCAUGUGAAUAGGAAUUAGUCUAUUUAUCUGAAAUUUAACCAGUUUAAAGAGCUUUAAAUCUUGCUGAAAUGAUGAUUAUUUAUAUAAGAUCAAAAUUGUAAAAUUAUUAUUAAAAGAUAAUAGAUGGGGCAGUAAUAGUUAGCCAUUAAUAGGUAAAAUUGGAAUCCAUUAUGGUAGAGCAAUAUCUGGAGUUAUUGGAUUCCAUAAACCUUAAUUUUCAUUAAUUGGAGAUACAGUCAAUACAACAAGUAGAGUAUGUUCGACUGGCUAAGAAGAUAAGAUUACUUUAUCAGAAAAAGCUUUUGAAUAAUUAAAUAAUGAUAAAAUCGAAUUUGAUGUUAGAUAUGUUGAAAUGAAAGGGCUAGGUUUAAGACCAACUUAUGUUUAUAUCUAAAAACUUAAUAAUAAAAAUCCUAUUAUGAAAAAUGAUAUUAGUAAUAAUUCUAGUAAACAAAAUACAAUUACCAUUUCAAAUAGAGUCAAAAGCCAAUCCUUCUCAAGAAAUGGAUUGAAAAAAAGAACUUAAGCUCUCUAAGAUCCACUAAAUCAACGUUCUCGACCUAUUUUAUAAUUUUAAUAAUCUUGGAAUUUCUAAUAAUAAUAAUAAACAUCAUAAUUAUGGUAGAAUUCAUCAUCAUUAACUGAUGAACAAUUAAAUUUUAAGGGAUUAUAAAAAUAAUUAUCUAAUUGUAAUUCAAAUUAAAUUAACAAUUUAAAUAUUGCUGCUGAUAAUGAUAAUGAAGAUAAAACUAGUUUUAUUUAAGGUGUUAAAACAGGAUUAUUGCAAAAUCUAGAAAAUAUGUUAUCACGUAAAUUUCAUUUUGAAAAGUAUUAACCAGAAGUAGAUCAUUUUAUUGAUUACGACUAAUUAUUUGUAUUUAGUAUAAUAUUUAUUUAGAAUGUAAUUUUAUUAAAAAAUGAAAAUGGAAUUGAAGAAACUGCAAUCUUGGAAAGUUCAUUUAUUGAAUUACUUAAGAAAUCAUAUUUUUUAAAUUAGAAUAAUUAUAUAGAGUAUCAUGAAUACAUUUAUUAACAAUCACAGACUGUAACUAACAAAAUAAUUCAAAUUUAUACUUUAUAUUAUUUGAUCAAAUAAUUUUGUUUGAUUGGAGAUUAUAAUGUAAUAUCACUUCCAUUAAUAAUAUUGUAAUGGAUAGGGUGUGCUUUAAAUUUAAUAUCUCUAAUGAUAUAUAAAAAGAAAAUUAUAUCUUAUUGGAUAAUGCUGAUAUAUUUAGAGUUAAGCUUUUAGUUGAUAAUAGGAGGACUAUUUAUCAUUUUUGAUUUGAAUAGUUUUUUAAGUUAUUUACAUAUUGUAGAGAUGAUAUUUAUCCAAUCUUUCUUUAGUAAUAUUUAAUUACUUCAUUUUUGGAUAAAAAUAUUAUUUUGUAUAUGUAGUUUUUUAUUAGAAGCAGGAAUAUUAAUAUUUAUUGAUGGAUAUAGAAUUUCUAUAUUUUUUGUAUUUGCUGCAGUAAUAUAUAAUAUGAAUUAUUCAUAUUUUUUGGAAGAACAAUAAGUGGCAUGUUUCAAUUAGAAAAAUAUAUUUUAGAAUUAAUAAGCAAAAGAAUCAUAAUUGUUACAAUAUUUACUUCCAAGACAUGUAUAAAUAAAAUUAAAUUUAGAUUUUAUAAACGUUUUUUGAUGAUAAUACAAGAGCGAGAUGUUUAAGUGAUAAAAUAGAAGAUGUUACAAUUUUAUUUGCUGAUAUAGCUGGAUUUACAGAAUAUUCAAGUAAAGUGAGUGCUGAAUAAGUGUUAAAAAUGUUAAAAAAUUUAUUUGUAGAAUUCGAUAGAAAAUGUUAUGAAUUAGAUGUUUAUAAACUAUAUACAAUAGGUGAUUGUUAUGUAGCAAUAGGAAUGAUAGAUUUUAAUGAUAGAAAUGCAAUAAAUGAAGCUAAGAAUAUAGUAGAUUUGGGAUUUGAAAUGAUAAGAGUAAUAGAAGUAGUUAGAAAAUAGAUAGAAUUUGAUGGAUUAGAUAUGAGAAUAGGUAUUCAUACAGGAUGUGUAUUUGGAGGAGUGAUGGGUACAGACAUUGUUAGAUAUGAUAUUUAUGGUCCUGAUGUUUUGAUAGCAAAUAAAAUGGAAUCGAAUGGAAAAAAAGGUUAAGUUCAUGUAAGUGCUGCAACUAAAUAAUUAUUAUAGUAGGAUUAUGAAGACAGGUAUAAAUUCACUUUUCAUACAAAAGUUACAUUGUCCUCAAUUAAUAGAAGUAUUGAAGGGUUUAUAGUAGAAAGUUUAAUAGAAGAUCAAUAUCCUUGUGAUCAGAUUAUUGAUUAAUAGAUCUAAGCUCUGCAUUCAGAACAUUGA